UCGUUCAUGGUUUUAUUAGCUACAUCGAGCGCCAUUUGUUUGGACGCUUAAUUUUUGGCCAACUGCAUUGUGAAAGUGCCGCGAAUAGUUAUAUUGCAUAGAGAAAAGUGACGCGUUUUUUAUUCACAGAAGCAUGCGGAUGUGAUUAUGCAAAAAGAAUAAAUCGUAAUAGGAAAAUAGCAGGACCACAAUGCGUGAAAAAUUGUACACGCCAAAUUAUUAUCAUAAUCCGAUUAAUUGCUUACAAUUUAUGUAAAAUUCGCGUUAUUUUACAGUCGAAAAACUUGGAGGAUUGAUUGUUAAUUUACGAAGAAAGCAAAAAUAGAAAGGAGCACAAUGUCUUUGAGCGCGAGUGCAGAAAAUUUAUCAUCGGAAGGGCAAAAUAGUGAAAGGUGGAACAUGUGCCUUGAAUUGGCGCUUGAGGGUGAGCGUCUGUGUAAGGCUGGAGAUUGCAAAUCUGGAGUAGCAUUUUUUCAAGCUGCAAUUCAAGCAGGCACAGAUGACUUAAGAAUCUUAAGUGCAAUUUACAGCCAAUUAGGAAAUGCUUAUUUUUAUCUUGGAGAUUAUGUGAAAGCAAUGCAAUAUCAUAAAUUGGAUUUGACACUUGCACGUAAUAUGGGAGAUAAGUUAGGGGAAGCUAAAUCCAGUGGAAACUUAGGCAAUACUUUAAAAGUUAUGGGAAAGUUUGAUGAAGCUAUGAUUUGUUGCAAAAGACACUUGGAAAUUUCAAGAGAAAUUGGAGAUAAGCUUAGUGAAGGAAGAGCUUUGUAUAACUUAGGAAAUGUUUAUCAUGCUAAAGGCAAACAAGCUGGUAGAGUAGGUCAUCAAGAUCCUGGGGAAUUUUCUGAAGAUGUCAGACAAUGCUUACAACAAGCGGUGCACUAUUAUGAAGAAAAUUUAGAAUUAAUGAAAGAAUUAGAAGAUUCUGCUGCUCAAGGUAGAGCUUGUGGAAAUUUAGGGAAUACAUUUUAUCUCCUUGGUGAUUUUCAACAAGCAAUUUAUUAUCAUAAUGAAAGAUUAAAAAUUGCUAGAGAAUUUGGUGAUAAAGCUGCUGAAAGAAGAGCAAAUAGUAAUUUAGGAAAUUCUCAUAUAUUUCUUGGUGAAUUUGAAAAAGCUGCACAACAUUAUAAGAGAACUUUAGUCCUUGCACAAGAAUUAGGAGAUAGAGAAGUAGAAGCACAAGCAUGCUAUUCUUUAGGAAAUACAUAUACUUUGCUCAGAGAUUAUCCAACUGCAAUAGAAUACCAUUUGUGGCAUCUUGAAAUAGCACAACAGCUUAAAGAUCGAGUAGGUGAAGGUCGUGCCUGCUGGUCUUUGGGCAAUGCAUAUGCAGCAAUGGGUAAUCAUGAGAAAGCACUACACUAUGCUAAUUUACAUCUAAAUAUCUCCAAAGAAUUGGAAGAUCCAAUGGGACAAGCUACUGCACAAAUGAAUGUUGAUGAUUUGCAAAAAAUUUUGGGUUUGGAAAAAGGACAACAAGAGAAUAAUAAAGAAAAUAUUGCACAAAAAUUAUUGACCAAUACAGGAUCAAAUAUUAAUAUAUCAUCACCAUGUAGAUACAGACUUAGACGACAAAGUAUGGAUAAUUUAGAUCUCAUUAAGCUUACACCAGAUGCAAAAUUAAAAGAGCAAGCUGAAUCUCAAAUAGAUAAAAGUAAUAACGCGACACCGCAAAUUACUCAAAAAGAAGAAGAUAGUUUCUUUGAUCUUCUCUCUCGUUUUCAAUCUGGUAGAAUGGAUGAUCAACGCUGUGCAUUAAAUAUAAAUCGCAAUCAGAAGUUUAAAACUAUAACACCUGAAGAUGAUAAAGAUGGAGAAGAUUUAUUAGAACUCAUUGCUGGCAUGCAGAGUAAAAGAAUGGAUGAACAACGAGUGACAUUGCCUUAUUUACCUGGCCUAAAUAGUAAUCAAGAUUCUGAUGAUUCCUUUAUCGAAAUGCUAGUUAAAUGCCAAGGUUCACGUUUAGAAGACCAACGAAGUCCUUUACCAGUGGCAUCAACGGUGCAUGAUGCCGAAGAGGAACACAACCAAAGAUCUAAUGGGACUACUCAAGCAGGAUCGACAGUUCCUGAGGAAGAUCUUUUUGCUUUAAUACAAAGACUUCAGGCUGGACGAAUGGAAGAUCAAAGAGCUUCUGGUCCUGGCAAGACUUAUUAAAGCAUUAAUAUAUAAUUGUGAAAAAUUUUAUGAUAAUUAGCUUGCUUGAAAUUCUACAACUCGUUCCAUACAAUUUCUCUUUGUCUUUUUCUGUGACAAGGUUCAGUGCUUAAUUUGUGCAUUCCACUCACAGCCUAUGAAAUCAUUAUAUGAUUCAGACUUUAGAAAACUGCAAGGUACUAUUAUACCGUCCACUGAUAUUUGUUCUCCAUCUUAUAUUUACAACAAGAUAACAAUAUUGCAUUGUUGCAAGCAUAACAUACUUUACAUAUUUUAUUAAACUUAAAAAUUUUCUCUUUUUUAACUGAUAUUCCAUGACAUGGUGCCAAAAUCUGUACAUACAAACGUAUAUUAAUCGUGCAAUCAAUCAGAAUGUAUUGCACGAUAUUAAAUAGAAAAUAAUUUUAUAUUCUUAAAAUAGAAGAUUAUUUGUUUUAUAGUGGCAAUUAGAAAAUGAUCAAAUAAUUCAAGACAAAAAAAAAAAAACUUAUGACAUUGUAAACACUGCCAGGUUGAGGAUAUGAGUCAUACAAAUAUAUUUCAGAAGAAAAUGUUACAUUAUAAGCACGGAAGAUUUAUCAAUCCUGGCAAUUUUUUUUUUUUUUUUUUUUUAUGUUCGAUAAUGUAUAAUCUAUUUAUUUGCUGAUCAUUUCCGUGAAUUGUGAAGGUGGUAAAUAAUGAGAUUGGUGCCAAACAUAAUUGAUUUGUUAAGAUCUAAAUAUAGAAUGUAAAAAAACGAAAGAAGAAAUUGUUGUUUAUCUAUUUUUCUGCAUUUAUAUUCUCUCUAUUAUAUGUUGAUGAAAUAUACAUGAAUAGUAAUACGUAUAAUAAUUUUAAAUCGACGUUACCCCUUAUUUUAAUUACGAUAUUAGUUUCCGUCGUUCAUUUAUACUUUAUACAUUCCAAAUGUAAAUUAAUUGUAAAAUCUGUGGAUAUAGACUGGAUCAAUCAUGAUCAUCCUUAAUUCAAUAGUACCUAACUAAAAAUUCUAUAUUGAUAUUAUUCCAAAGGACUAAAAUUCUCAAAGGAUAUCUUAAUUAUAUAUAUAUAAAUAUAUAUAUAAGAGAAUUCGAUUUAUAGGAAUUCUCAAACUUAAUAAUUUGAUACAAUACGCUGUAUCGUAUGAUCUCCGUGUGUUCUACAAAUCUUGAAAAGAUAAGUAGUUGGAUAAUACGUUCAAAAGUGGAACGUAUUCAACAUUCCAUUACAUAAUCCAUUGUAUUUAUAAUCGUUAAGAUAUCUUACCGAUAAAUAAUUUAAAUUAAUGUAAAUCUUAUACGUUGUUUAUCUCUGAAUGCGAUGAGAAGACGCUUUGGUAAAUUUUUAAAUGAAAAAAAAUAAGAAAAAAUGAAACAAUGCCUUAGUAAAUUUAUGCAAUUCUAUCGACCUACAAUGCAUAUAUACGUGUAUGUGCAUUUCGAGGCUAAAACGUUUCACGCCUACAUAUUAUACUUAUGUACUAAAAUCUAAAACUAAUUGUAAUAUUGACUAUAAGAUUAAACCGAGCCUGUCAAAUGAUAUAAUAUAAAGCCAUAUUUGAGUAUUGUUAGUAGAAAGAUAUUAUUGAUAUCUUGGAAAAAGAAAAACGAAGAAUUAAUUGUAAUUCGUGUAUGUACGAAUUGUAGUAUUAUUUUUCUUGUUGUUAAGAAAAUUGUGUAACUAUGUAAAUCUGAAAUGAAAAAUUUGUUAAAAAAAAAAAAAAAAA